GAGUACUUGUGUAAGCUAAGCAACCCUGCGCCGUGACAUCUUUUAUUUGAGCGUUUGGUUUAACUUCUUGUUAUAAGAUUUUUAUUUAUUUUCUUGCUUUAUUGCUAACUACAAAAAUGUCUACAGCCCAAAGUACAAAAAAUUGCAUCACACUACGGGGUUCAGCUCAAAUCAUUGUCGAAUAUCUAAAAUAUGGUAUUAAUUCUAUUCUAUUUCAACGUGGAAUAUAUCCGCCCGAGACUUUUGAGAAUACACAACAAUAUGGAAUAACUAUUCUGAUGUCGAAAGAUAAAAAGAUUGAAGAGUUUCUGGCAAAUGUAUUGCAACAAACGGAAGAAUGGCUUGCUAAAAAUAUGAUUGAAAAAAUUUCGAUGGUUAUAACAAAUGCACACACCAAAGAGGUGCUGGAAUGCUGGGACUUCAAAAUGCAGGCCGAGUUGGGCGAUGGUGAUGCCGGCGAUACUACAAAACCCACUUCUAGCAAAGAGUUGAAACGUAUACAAAAUGAAAUACGCGAUGUUAUGCGACAGAUAUCGGCCACUGUCAGCUAUUUACCUUUGCUUGAUUGCAUUUGUACUUUCGAUGUGAUGUUGUACACGUUGCAGAACUGUGAGGUUCCCGAAAAAUGGGACGAGACAGGUGCUGUAUUCAUACAAAAUGCUCAAGCUGUUCAGUUACGUUCUUUCUCAACUGGCCUGCAUAAAGUGGAUACCGUGGUUAAUUAUAAGAUGGCCUCCUAAUUGUACGCAAAAUCAAUUUUUAUUUCUUCGUUUAAAUCUAUUGAUGCGUUGAUUGUUCUUAAUAAACUACAUCGUAAAGAUUUUGAUAUUCAUAUAUUGUUCCUAUUUGCAAAUAAAAACGAACAUCGAU